GUAACAAUUCUGUGUCCCCUAAUAACGGUUCUGUGUCCCUCAGUAACAAUUCUGUGUCUGUCCCUAAGUAACAAUUCUGUGGCCCUAAGUAACGAUUCUGUGGCCCUAAGUAACGUUUCUGUGGCCCUAAGUAACGAUUCUGUGGCCCUAAGUAACGUUUCUGUGGCCCUAAGUAACGUUUCUGUGGCCCUAAGUAACGAUUCUGUGGCCCUAAGUAACGUUUCUGUGUCCCUAAGUAACGUUUCUGUGGCCCUAAGUCACGUUUCUGUGUCCCUAAGUAACGUUUUCUGUGGCCCUAAGUAACGUUUCUGUGUCCCCUAACUAACGUUUC